CGCAUAAGUCAUACAGCACAUAUAUAGUGAAAGUGAUAUACUAUAUAAGCUUCCGCUAUAUAAAUCAAUAUGUUUACAUUCAGCCGUCUCAGUCAGCGAUUAUAUCCAAAACAAAUACAGCACUUGAGAAUGUCGCAUGUGGGUGAACUUGGCAGCGGUGCGGGCAAAGGCGGCGGCGGCGGUGGCUCCAUACGUGAAGCCGGCGGCUCUCUUGGCAAGAAGGAAGCGGCACACGAGGAGGAGUUCUUCUAUAAGCAGCAAAAGGAGCAACUAAAGAAUCUAAAGACCAAGACGGACAACAAGACACCUGAUGCAAAUAAAAAAUGAUUUCAUGAGCUCUAAAUAAUAGUUUAUAGUAUUUAUAUUUGUAUGUGAGGCAAUUAAUUGAAUAAAUUGGCAUAAACGGUCUCUGUUUGAUAAAGAAAA